AUGUCGACGAUAUUUUACGGUGCUCUCAUUUCUUCCAGCUCGCUCACGACCUACAAUGCUUUCCCGCAUGCAUUAUUGGCAGUUUCAGAUCGUAAUGGCGAGAUAGAGUGGCUCGAGCAGGACGUGCCAGCCAGUACGCUACAGGAUGUCCUCGCGGAGCACGGCCACAUUGACACCGUCAACCUGAUAGAGUUGAGGAUGGGCGAGUUUCUCAUGCCAGGGUUUGUAGACACGCAUACACAUGCGCCUCAAGUCCCGAACACUGGCAGCGGGCAGCAGCACGAGCUGUUGGACUGGCUGUCCGAAGUUACGUUUCCGAUGGAGUCGAGAUUCGCCGACAUCAGCUUCGCGAAGCGAUCAUAUCCGACGGUCGUAAGACGCACGAUUGAUUGUGGGACAACGACGUGCUGCUACUAUGGUACACUGCAUUUAGAAGCGACGAAGCUGUUGGUGGACAUCGUACACGCAAGUGGGCAACGAGCCUUUGUCGGGAAAUGUAACAUGGACCGCAACUGCCCGGACUACUAUGUCGAGCCCUCCGCCGACGCCUCCAUGUCGGCCACGCGCGAUCUUAUCGCAUACAUCCGCGCGCUCUCGCCCUCCACGCCCGAGCAUUCCCACGGCAUUCUCUUCCACCAGCUCGUGCAGCCCAUCCUCACGCCGCGCUUCGCCGUAUCCUGCACGCCCGAGCUGCUCACCGAGCUCGGAGAGCUCGCGCAGUCCGACCCUGCGCUGCCCAUUCAAACGCACCUUGCCGAGAACGAGGCCGAGAUCGCAUUCACGCGCUCACUCUUUCCCGCACACACUCUCCCGUGCUCGCCCGUCCCGCCGCCCAAAGGCUGGCAGGGUCACGGGACAUAUACAGGCGUGUACGACGCGUUCGGAUUGCUCCGCGAGAACACGAUCCUCGCGCAUUGCGUGCAUCUCGAGCCGGAAGAGGUGGAGAUCAUCAAGGCGAGAGGUGCAGGCGUGAGCCACUGCCCGACGAGCAACUUCAACCUCAGAAGCGGGUGCGCGCGGAUUGGGAUGCUGCUCGACCACGGAAUCAAGGUCGGACUCGGGACGGAUGUCUCAGGCGGCUUCUCGCCAUCAAUCCUGCGCACGAUCCAGGACGCGAGCAUCUGCUCGAAGGUCGUCGCGAUGCAGCCGCACUUCUCCAAGCCCGCCGCUCCCCACGAGCACUUCGCGAACCGGCAGCUGUCUGUCGCGACUCUCCUGUACCUCGCAACGCUUGGUGGCGCGCAGGUAUGCGGGCUCGGGCAUCGCAUCGCCGUGCUUGAGCCGGGGCGCGCAUUCGACGCGCUCGUCGUGAGCGUGCGCACGGGUGCGGGGAACCCCGCGGUGUGGGGCGCAGAUAUGGAUGAAGAGUUGGGCGUGCGGGGGAGUGGUGGAGAGCAAGGCGACGAGGGCGGACGGGGAAAGACGGAGAAGGAGGAGCUUGAGGGGAUACUGGAGAGAUUCUUGUUCUGCGGAGAUGAUCGCAAUAUAAGGAAAGUCUUCGUACAGGGUCGUCUCAUUGGCGGAAAGGACUUCCGGGGAUGA